CUUAAAUUUUUCAGUAUCUUCAUGGACUAUCAACAAGAGAUUUUGGUGGGAAAAGUUUGUGAGCUCUAUGACGAAAUUUCAAGCUUAGAAAACCUCAAUCCCUCAAAGCAUGUUAACACCCUCUUCACUCAACUUGUACUCACUUGUACAUCACCAUGUCCUAUAGAUGUUACCAAGCUAUGCAAAAGAGUUCUUGAAAUCAGGUCUAAGCUGAUUAAACUUUGUGGGAAGGCUGAGGGACUUUUAGAAAGCCAUUUUUCUACCUUCAUUGCAUCCCAUGACAACCCACUUAACCAUAUCAGCCUCUUUCCUUACUAUUCCAAUUACCUCAAACUUGGCCAUUUAGAAUUCGACAUGCUCAUCAAGCAUUGCAAUCAAGUACCCACAAAAGUUGCAUUUGUUGGCUCUGGUCCCCUCCCUCUCACCUCGAUAGUCUUGGCCUCUUAUCACCUUAGGACUACAUGCUUUCAUAACUAUGAUAUUGACCCUUCGGCAAAUUCCAAAGCACUCAACUUGGUUUCAUCGGAUCCUGACUUGUCAAAGAGAAUGUUUUUCCACACUGCUGAUGUUAUGGAAGUGUCAAAUGGCUUAAAGGAAUAUGAAGUUGUCUUCUUGGCAGCACUAGUAGGCAUGGAAAAGGAGGAAAAGGCUCAAGCAAUUGAUCACUUAGCUAAGCACAUGGCUCCCGGAGCUAUUCUAUUACUCAGGAGUGCACAUGGAGCUCGUGCAUUCCUCUACCCUGUCAUUGAUCCCUGUGAUCUUCAAGGAUUUGAUGUUCUAUCAGUUUUUCAUCCAACGGAUGAGGUCAUAAAUUCAGUAAUUAUUGCGCGUAAAUAUUAG